GCGCGGGUUAGCAGCCGGGAUACGCCAACCGUCGGAUUCAGUAAGCGAACGGCUCUUAACGGCCACGAACGUGUUUUUCGUUCUUCGGUUCCCGCGCAUGCAUAUAUAUACGACAAUAUAUAUGUACCAUCCGAGACUGACCCGCGAGAAACAACGCUGUCGUCGGGUAUACGCAGUCGGUGAUCGGCGACCACGACGACGUGACAGUCAGAUCGUACAACAACAACAACAACCGCGACACAGAUCCGCUUUUCAAGUUUCAUCGCUACAUCAUUAUCCGUCUACAUACUCGCACCCAAUUCCGCGAUCAAAAAAAAAAGUUGUUCUUCCAUCCCGCUCUACAACAAUAUCAUCCCCGUCAUUUCGGUUUCGGUCCUUCAUCUUCGUUCCCGCAACUGUGGCUUUAAUCAAUCAAACUGGAUUCCAACAAGCAGUACGUGUCGCGAUUACAUCGCGGCUACCGGAGGCUUAAGAAACUAUUCAAGCGUGUGGCGAACCAGGCGCUUACCGCUUCGCCACAGCCGGCAGUAACGGUGGAGGGGCCGGUGUCUAGAAUGUCUCCACCGACGAACGACGUGACCAAUGGUGUGGUGGCGCCUCCCAGCACCCUGGCGCCCCGGGUUCCACCGACGACGAACCCGACCCUCACCACCAUCAACCCACCAACGCACAAGCGUACUCCAAAGGACUUCAUCUUCGGCAAGGUGAUUGGUGAAGGAAGCUUCUCUACCGUUUAUCUUGCCAAAGAUAUCCAUACCAGCAAGGAGUACGCGAUCAAGGUAUGCGAGAAGCGUCACAUACUCAAGGAGAAGAAGUCAGAGUACGUGAAGCGCGAGAAGGAUGUGCUGAACAUGCUCGCGGACGCCAAGCACUCGUUCGUGCGUUUGUUCUGCACCUUCCAGGAUAGUGAGAGACUCUACUUCGUCCUGUCGUACGCUAAAAACGGCGAGCUCCUGCCGUACAUCAACAAGGUGGGCUCCUUCGACAUCGAGUGCACCAAGUUUUAUUCGGCCGAGAUUCUGCGCGGUCUCGAGUACCUACACGGUCUCGGUAUCAUUCACCGGGAUCUCAAGCCGGAGAACAUUCUGCUGGACGAGAAGAUGCACGUGCUAAUAACCGACUUCGGCAGCGCCAAGAUUCUCGACGAUCCAGAAACGGUGCUGACGAAGACGACGACGACGACGACUGCCUCGGACGGAGAUCCAGACGCCCAGCAGCAACAGCAAUACCGCAGGGAACGCAGGGGCUCCUUUGUCGGUACCGCUCAAUACGUGUCACCGGAGUUACUGACCGACAAGACGGCGAGCAGGGCGUCCGAUCUCUGGGCCCUGGGCUGUAUCGUCUACCAGAUGGUCGCCGGCCUGCCGCCUUUCCGCUCCAGGAGCGAGUACAUGAUAUUCCAAAAGAUCCUGAAACUCGAAUACGAAAUACCGGACGGUUUCUGCGAGCUCGCAAAGUCGCUUGUCAGUCAACUCCUAGUUCUGGAGCCGACACAGCGAUUGGGCGCUCUGGAUGAGCAUGGCGCCGGUUAUCCCAGCAUUCGGGCGCAUCCCUUCUUCGAGGGCGUCGAUUUCGAGACCCUCCAUGAGCAGACACCACCACCAAUCUAUCCGUAUCUUCCUGGCACGUCGGAGCACGAAGAAUUGAGAUCGCAGUACAGAGUGCCCGACAAUCUCGAACCCGGUUUGGACGACAAACAGCUCACUAGACUCCUAGGACUGGGCAUCGGCGAGGAUACGGACGAUGACGAUGAUGUCACCACCAAUACUACCGGUGUGGAACAGAGCGUCGUCAACAAACCCGUCAGCAAGACUAUCACGGCCGCGGUGAAGCCAAUAAGAAGACGGAUCAACAACAACAUCGACGGCGGCGCCAAAAUUGCCGAUCUGACGCCGGAGCAGAUCAGGAUGCGGCUGGAGAAACAACGCGCCACGAAUCAGUGGGACACCUUCGUCGAAGGCAAUCUGAUAUUGAAGCAGGGCUUUAUCAACAAAAGAAAGGGUCUGUUCACCAGACGGAGAAUGCUCCUACUCACUACCGGACCGCAUCUAUACUACAUUGAUCCCAUCAAUAUGGUGCUCAAAGGCGAGAUACCCUGGAGCCCUGAAUUGAGGGUUGAGCCGAAAAAUUUCAAAAUCUUCUUCGUUCAUACGCCAAACAGGACGUACUAUCUCGAAGAUCCCGAGGGAUUUGCAUUGGAAUGGUGCAGAGCUAUCGAAGAGAUGCGGGUCCAUUGUUACGGCCUGCAGGAGACGACCGCCGCUUAGAAAGGGACGCUCGGGAGAGAUUCGAAACACAGAACAUAUAGUGAGCAAUGAUAAAGUCAGUGAGUGGCGAUCACUAAGAUCGAUCCGUUCCCGACGAGAAAAGACGGCGAACCGAUUGUUCGCGUAUAUAGCCCAUUGUAAAAAAUAGACUAGUAGACUCGCGCGCUGAACCGCGCUCUGUACAGUUUAGGCAAAAAUUCAUUAGGUAAAAAUUCCGAAAUACGAUCUCUCCGUCGUCGAGAAUCAUUGUGCGAUGUUUAUUAUCUUAUUUACAUUUCGUUAUUUAUUGUCAGACUCUUUAAAAAGAAUCGCAUCACCCGCGAGAGAAACGCACGAUACGCGCGGCUGUUCCGAGCUGCGCGUGUAAAAGAAAGAACGACGGAGGAUUAGAGAAAUUUUUAGCUAAGGCUUGCGGCUGUGUGUAUUCGCAGCAUCUGCUGCCGUGCGACGUACUCAACUUAGGCGUGAGAUCGAGAUCGCCUGGGGGCAAAGAAAAAUAAAGUCCACACACCCAUAAAUUUCGAUUUGUUUAGUAUUCUCGCGAUACACACGUAAUCCCAUAUAUGAUCAAAUUUUUAUUCGAAUUGGAAGCUUUUGAGAAAUCACAGCCCACGUCAGGCAUCUCGUAAAGCGUCGCACGGCGCUAUUAUAGUUUAUUAUACUUUAUUCCUAAGUGUAGUCAAAUUCACACGCGUCGGCGCAAUAUUUAGGUAAAAUUAAAAACGAGAUCCCAGCGUACGUCGCUCCACGAAUUAGAAGUCAAUUUAGUCGAGGUUAGCCAAAAAGUAAACGAAAAAUGCAAUGGAGGAUAACAAGUUACUAUGCAGCUUUAACGAAAUGUUUACGUUGCCUGAAAAGGAUCCCCGGAAUCUCGCGACGUUCCGGCGAUCUUUGCUCUCUUCGCUCUGUUACACACACACACACACACACACACACACAUAAAUAGUAUUCGUCACAUUGUCCAUCGUCAUUCCCCCUUACUCUCGUUCGUACUCUUGUUUCCCUUCGUAAAUAUUUUCUGUAAAUAUUAUUUUGUAGCACGUUUCUACGAAGAGCAGGCCGCGUAAAAGCACUAUCCUGUAACAUAGUAAAUACGUAAGUAGGAAAAAAGGAAGUAUCGUUGUCUUACCAAAUGAUAUGUUUUUGUCCCUGCCUAGUUCCACUUUUCGUCAUGGUUUUCGCGGACUCGAGCGUGUGCGAUCGGUGAUUAGGUGAAAAUUAUUGAAAAAAGGGAGAGAUCGGUCUUUGUGUAUUCCUUUCCGCACGUUCGUUCGUACAAAGAGGAAGCGGUGGAGAACACGGGCUAUAUAACGAGAAACGAGAAAAAAGGACUUCGUUUUCCCUCCUUUGCAAAAGACUUUACACACCUGAGAAAGAACCUUAGAUAGCAAUAUGGACUCAUGUUUGAGAGUUGCUAGCUUUAAGAGACGCUAGUAAAAUUUGUUUAGAGCGUAUUGUCGUUGUCAUUAGUGCGAUUAUUAUGAUAUAAUUUUUAGCGAAAUUACGAUUAUUAUCGCUCGCGUAUAAUUGUUGCAGUCGAGUAUGCAUACGAGUAUUACGAGUAUUCAUUUUUUCCCUCGCAUAUAAAAUAUAAAUUAGAUAUUUAAUUAUUAUAUGACCUCGCUUUUUGUUAAUUUAUUCCUAUCUUUACUUGCCUCGAAUUAUUUAUUUUCUAUUAUUAUUAUUUUCCUUCUUUUUAAAUAUCGCGAGAAUCGUAGCGCACUCGUCGUAGAUAGAGAUUACAGAGACUAGUGUUACUAUGUCGCUACUACCACACACACACACAUACACACUCUGCGACUAUAUUUACUAUUUAUCUUAUUAUAUAUAUAUCGCUCUUACUACUAUUAUCUAUUACUAUUACUAUCGCCACUGCGUUGUUGCUAUACGUUACUGCGUACAUAUAUAUAUUAUAUAUAUUCUAUAUUAUACGUCAACUAUUGUCGUUAGACUUAGCUGUUUUUAAGUAUAAACGUUUAUUGUAAAUACGUACUGCCGCGUUGAUAAGAGGGAAAAUCGAGGCGCGAUUCGACUAGAAAUAUCGCAAUCGAGCCGUAAACCGAACGUGUACAUAAAGUUGUAUAUUACUAAAUAUAUACGCCCAAGAAAAGAUAUACAGAUAUAUUAUAUAUACAUAUGUAUAAAAUAUUUAUGAGACAGAAAUGUGAAUAAUAGAUAGGGAAAGUCACCGUGUAUAAACGUUUCGUAGAUUAAAAAACCGCGCUUAGAUUUAAUUCUCGUUAAUCCUCGGUACGGCUCGUUCGCGAUUCCGCUAUAACGAAAGAAUCUCCUUUAGUCGUCCCUCCCCUUCUUUCUCUCUCGCACGAUGCAGAGACAUAAACAGGGUAUUGGGAGGACGAUUGGAACGGUUGAUCGGUGGUUGCGCGCGUUGCGCCGUGCAAUGUUCGAAAAAAUGGUGAUUCGUUUUUUUACGGAUCGGCAUUGUCCUCGCUUGCCCAGUGGCUUUGUCAAAAUGACCGCUUUUGGCGGGCCGCGCACGGUGCGAGCGGACGAAAACGGAGAACGGGUGAUCAACCAUCGUCGUGUCCCGAUCAGACUCCUCUUUCUUUUUUCUAGUGAGAACCGAUCGCGAGAGAGAAAAUAAUCCUAGUUAAAAAUUUUGCUUCAAGUGAAUUGCGCCUCGAUUUUAGCAGCAUCGUAAUCUCUCCAUCGCAAACGAAGCACGUGCUUUUGUCGCGGAACCCUUUGGUUUAUAUAUAUAUAUAUAUAUAUAUAUAUAUAUAUAUAUAUAUAUAUAUAAAUAUAUCGUGCGCGAAGUCUUUAUAUAUAUAUUUUUUCGAACGUAGGUAAAUAUAAUAUAUUAUAUAUAAUAUAUUUCCCAGUAUAUGUAAAUAUAUAUCAUACACGCAUCAACGUUGUGCUUCUUUUCCGCAGAGAGAGAGACUACGAACUACAAAUCCGAUCGCCAAUCUCGUAUCACAUAUACACAUAUACACACACAUAUACAUAUACAUAUGUCAAAAUCUUUUCCUUUUCUAUAUACGAGAUAGGGAGAACGGAUCGAGCGCGUCGUUUCCAUCGCGGCAAACUUUGCAGGUUCUACGUUUUAUGUAGGCAUUGCAAACUUUCAGAUGGGAACGCGUGCUUCUUCUCAGGGGUAGUCGAUGGGGAAAUCGAUGACGCAUCGAUCUUUCGAAGAGGGCUAGAGGUAUUGACAAACAUCUUGUUUUGCAUCGUCAAACAUCGCUCUCGAGAUUCCUAUCGCCUUCUUCGGACUCAGUGCGUUAAAAAAUGCCCCCUUCUCACUAUAUUAUAUCAUAAUAAGUUAGUCGAUUCGAACAUGACUUCGUAAGGAGACAUGGCGGGGCGCUACGUUUACUAAGAGAAGACAUAGUUAAUUUAAUUAAGCUAGAAAGAGUCGCCCAGAGGAGAUGAAUACUUAAAUCGGAAUCCUUACCGCGGAACCGUAUGAAUCUGCGAAAUACGCAAGCAAUAACAGCAAGGCCUUGCGAAUAUUCAGAUGCCUAUUGUUUCGAUACAGCAGAAACGCUUCAACUAUAAAAAAUUGCAGUAUUACUAAAUGUAUACAGAUUAAUUAUAAUAUAUAUACGACACGUACACACAGACACACUUAUAAUACACUUAUACGUACAAACACACAUCGUCAAUGUACACUCGCGCAACCUACGAGAAGACUUUGUAAAUAGUUAGAAUGUAAUUGAUAUUAUAGGCGCCAAGAUCUAUUAAGGAUAACAUCAAAUUUAUUUAUAGUAAAUUUUCCGAAAUACCGCAUAAAAAAAAA